UCGUAGGAAGCCUAUUAAAGCAAUUUACUCACCCAACAAAGAAUCCCAGAUAAUACCAAAAACUGGUCUUACUCACAGUUAAACAGGAGCACAAUCUAAAAACUUAAUAAAUGUGCCUUUGCUUGACAAAAACAGUGUACCAUUAGUAAAGCUAGCCCUAAUGAACUGCCGAUCAGUGCGCAACAAGGAAGCUAUUAUACGGGAUUACAUCAACGAAAAUAACACUGACAUUGUUUGCAUGGUCGAAACAUGGAUAUCUCCAGACAUUCAACAGUCAGUAGAAGCAAGUUCAAAUUUUGUCCCAGUCAUUGGACAAGUUGGCACCUUUGAAAGCAAAAACCCUGGUUCAGAGAGACCUUCAACCAUGGAUUAAUGAUGAUAUUCUUGCUGCAAAGAGGGAUCGCAGACAGGCAGAAAAUCUGUGGCGAAGAAGCAAAUUAACCAUUCACCACCAGCGCUACAAGGAGGAGUGUCACCGUGUUAACCAACUUAUCAAAAAAGCUAAGGAAACUUAUUAUUCAGAGAUGAUAGACGCGUGUGACAGUGACCAAAACGCAUUGUUUACAACUGUUAAUAGUCUCAUGGGUAAGAACAAACGUGUAGCGCACCCACCCUCAACGUCUUUGAAAGACCUAGCUGGCAGCAUGGGAUCUUUCUACAUCGCAAAAAUCAGUAAAAUAUAUGGCGAACUUGAAUCAUUAGAACAGACAGUUGCAACACCAUUACAUCCCCCGAUCUCUCAUCUUCUCCCGAAGCCUUCACUCUUACUUACUGCCUUUGAAGAAGCAACGGAAGACGAGCCCAGAAGAAUCAGCGCAGUGUCCAUUGCAGAAAGAGUAGCCAAUGAGAGGUCAGAAAACCUUGGUGUGAGUUGUGGCUACAGCGUUAGAUUUGAAUCUGUGCUGCCACGACCAUAUGGUGCCAUCUUAUACUGUACUGUUGGUAAGAUAUUUAACUCCACAUGCUUAUAUCAUAUGGUGCCAUCUUAUACUGUACUGUUGGUAAGAUAUUUAACUCCACAUGUUUAUAUCAUAUGGUGCCAUCUUAUACUGUACUGUUGGUAAGAUAUUUAA